AUGCGUGUUAAAACACAAUUAAAGCGCGGUAAAUCAUUAUAUGGUAAAAAUUUGAAAGAAAUUAUUGUGGCUGCAGGACGUAUACCAUUAUCAAGCGAUAAAAAAGAAGAAGAAAGCACUACAGAUCAAGAAAGUAUUAGUAUAAAAGAGAAAGUUCCUAAAAUUAAUUCGAGUGGAAAUAUUAGAUUAAAUUUAAACUUUGAUUCGUCGGAUUCUGGUCUUUCUUUAAGCUCUUUCCAUUCUAGAAGGAGAAAUAGGCGAAAAGGGCUCGCAGCUUCUCAACAAUUUUUCAAUUUAGAUCUCAACAAUCCAAAAAUCACACGUAACAAUUCAGAUGUAUUCAACAAUUUAAUUCACCAAGAUGUUUCUCGAGAGCUUCCUUUACCACCAAUUUCAGAAGACCACGAAGAAGAAAGAAUUCCAUUGAAUCACAGCACAAUUACAACAGAAGAAUUAGAUACUAAUAGUGGAUUGAUUCCACUUGGUGCCAGUGGCGAUUACAAUAUAAGUAACACGGAAUUAGUAUUUCAACUUAACGCAAACGUCUCUGACAUAUCAGGUGAUGAAAUGCCUCUAGCAAGCAUUAUUAAAAUUCCAUCAGCUGGCAUCUUUGCAAGUGAUACUUCAGAUGAUAAUACAACAUCUCAACAACCUAGUGUUCCUCCAUCACCAAAAACACCAUCAUCAUUAUCAAUGACUUCUGAUAUGGAUGUUUUUAUGCGUUUCAAGAGAAAUGGAAUUGAUACAAAACAAAAUGAACUUUUAGAUCGAGAUAUGUUUUCAGAUGAUUCAGAUUCCGUCAAAGUAGAGAAGAAACAGAAUACUAUAUCAAGAUUUAUGCUUGAACCAGAGUUUACUCAAGAAGAUACAGAAAGAUUGAGAUUAAGAAAUAAACAUCACAAAAGAUUUACAGCAAUGAUGAGCAUGUAUAAGAAGAAGCAUCGCAAACUUAAGAGUUCUGUCGUAAACAAUGAUGAAGACGAAGAAAACGUAAAAAAGAAAGGAAAAAAGCAUCACCAUCAUGAAGAACCAGAGAUUUUCAAGGAUGAUGAAGAUGCUCCACCUAGUCCCAAGCCAAAUAAGUUAAGAAGGGAUCAUAACUACGGCCAUCACAAAUAUUUGAAGAAUAUAUAUUAA